AUGGAUUCUGAAAUCUUUACCGAUUAUGUGAAAAAACUCGAUGUUAAAUUUGAAACUGCGGGUCGAAAGAUUGUCUUGAUAAUUGACAAUUGCCCAGCUCAUCCAGAAGUCACUGGUCUUAAAGCAGUAGAAUUAGUUUUUCUACCACCAAAUACAACGUCUAAGACCCAGCCCAUGGAUCAAGGUGUAAUCCGAGCAUUGAAGGCAUAUUACCGGUCAAAUCUUGUGAAACGUCAAAUAAAGUUCAUUGACGGCGGUAAAGAGGUCCCUAAAAUUAACAUUCUUGAAGGUAUGCAAAUCUUGGUCAAAUCAUGGGACGCUGUUUCAAAAGACACCGUUAAAAACUGUUUUAAGAAGGCAGGCAUCUCAAAAGAAGCACAGAUCACGAGUCUCAAUGAUGCUGAUGACCCAUUUAAAUCUCUUUCUGACAGAAUAAGCGAGUUGAAAAAAAGAGAAGUUGACGGCGACAUCUUUAACGCAGAUGAUUUUGUGGAUAUUGAUUUUGAGGUAUGCACGAGUAAAUCAAUUGAAUUGACUGAUGAGGAAAUCGUGGAAAUCGUACUUAAUGAGGACAAAGAUCAAAACGCGCCGAAUCUCGAAGAUGACGAUGAUGAUGAAAUUGAGGCACAUGACAUCCCCCCGAAGAAGCCAAAGCAGUCAGAGUUGGAAGAGGCCUUAGAAUUGUUGAUGAUGGUCUUUGUUUGA